ACAAUGUUUGAAAAAGGGUCGACAGAGCUUAUAAUUUUAUCUUUCUGAAGGAGGCCAGUCACCGCCAGUUUAGUCUGCCGCGCGCUAUGAGUGAGUUAGAAACAGAAGCUCUUAAACGAAAGGAGAGAUUAAAGUUACUCAAGAGUAAGAGAGCUAUCGAUCAAGAGAACACUUCAGCAGAACAAGGAAAGCAGCCAGAGAAACCAAAACUCAAGUUUAGAAGCUAUAACCCACAAACUGAGAGUUUGAAAGAGACCAAACUACCAAAAGCUAAACCAAAUGCUGUUGAACCGGAAAUACAAGAUGUUCUAAAAUCGGCUAAAGACAAUGAUAUUGGAGAUGUGAAUCUAGCCAAUCUGGCUCCUCGGAAAGUGGACUGGGAUCUGAAGAGAGACAUUGCCAAGAAACUUGAUAAACUGGAGCGGAGGACGCAGAAGGCAAUUGUGGAAAUAGUUCAGUCACGACUGGCUGGUCCAAAGGAGGGUGAAAUUGAUCUGGCAGCAGCGGUGGCUAUAGCUGGCAAAGAACAGACAGAGUACGACUCAGACUAGAGCCAUGUAAUAGAUAGGUACCCCUCUUUCCAUCAUGCAGCUCUCUAACUUCAAUUUUCUGUUUUCAAAUCAACGUACUGAAGCUUUGACUCUACAGUAACAUGUAUGUGUACAGCUAUUAUAGUUCUUGAUAUCAGAGAUACAUGUAACCAUUGGUACAGAAACAUAGAUAAGUGGACCGUUGAUAAUGUAUACCGUCUUUUCAUUAUUAUUGCCAAAUUUUGA